AUGUACAUAGCGUUGUUGUCAUUCCAUGCGCUUUACUGGGGAAUAUGGCAAUUUGUUCUCUGUGUUGGAAAAGAAUGGCACAGCUGCAGCAAUCUUGGUCCACCAGGAACAACACUUAUGCUGAUUUUUCUCAUGUUCGAAGCAAUUUUGUUCGCCAUUUUCACAUCGGUCAUGUUUGGCACUCAACUGUCGGCAAUAUGCAGCGACGAAACAGCUAUUGAGACUUUAAAACGUGGACACGAAGAUCGCCAUAAAGUGAUCUCGUGGAAGAAGAACAUGCAGUCGGUAUUUGGAGGGCCGUGUUCAGUGCGUUGGCUGAAUCCGCUUGUCGAGCCGUACAUGAGCAAACCAGCGUGCGAAUAUUCGGUUUAG